UCAGGUGUGCGCCCGGGCGGCCCGGUGGUGGGGGCGCGUCGUCAUCCCCUCUUCCAGACCGCCCCCUAUUGGCCAACAACACACGAAGAACACAGUUCAAGCUUUAACGCCGAGCGGCUAUGUUGUCCGUGCCGUCCGGCCGCACGUUGUUGUCUUAUUUUAUUCAACACCUGUACAUUGUUUUAAGUUCUAUAUUUUUAUUUUCACCCCCCCGACAUCAAUUAUUUGUUUAACAUUACAACAUCGUAACUACCCCCCCGCCCCAAACCGACAUCGCAUCAGUUUCGUUGUUUGUUUUAUUUUUAUUUAUACGUUGAUUCUUCAACUAAAUCCAAUUCGCAACGAGUAGUUCCGAUACCUGCGACCGUGAAGAUAUACACAAAUAAUACAACAAAAAAGUAAUAAUAAAUGUAUAUCUACAGUGCUGUGGUGUUUGUUCCUCGAUCUCUUUAAAACGUGCUGAAGAAAAAAAAAAUAAUCAUCAGAAGAGAGAAAAUAUUAGUGUUUUAUGUGCGUUCGUUUAUUAUUUUCGCAUAGUGUUGGAUACUAGACAGGAAUGUUUAGAGGGCGUUCGUUGUGCGAGCAUGUGAUGCGCCGCGAUGCCCACUCUGUCCGCGGCGCCUGAGCUAAAUUCCGGCGGCCGCAACGAGCGGCAUCAACGAGAUACCACUGCCGCCAUGAGCCCAGAACAAGAGGCCAGUCCACCUCCAGCAGCGCCUGGAGCUUCGCCGCCCCCAGCACCAACCCGCCUUCCAUCACCUGCCAUGUCGCAGCAAGACACCUCCGACGUGGAGCAGUUCGCCGGGAAGAUCGUCUACAAUCCGGACGGGUCGGCAUACAUAAUCGAGGAUUCAGAAAGUGAGAGCGAGUCGACGACGACGACGCAGACGGCGGUACCCGAGGUGGUGCCACCACUUCAAGCAGUGUACGUGUCAAGACUGCUGCGGCAGGCGACGAGACCCACGGAACUGCCGGCAGUGCACAGUUACCGCGUGAUCGCGCUUCGGGAUGCGAGGCCUCCACGACCGGCCUCGGUGCCGGUCAAGCCCAUCCUCAUGUGCUUCGUGUGUAAACUCAGUUUUGGGUUCGCUCGGUCCUUCGCGAACCACGCGCAAGCAGAGCACGGUGUCACCCUGAAAGAGUCGGAACGCGAGGUUCUCGCAGCCGACUGCUCCGCAAUCCUGCAGUGCGUAGGAGCCGACAAAAGGCCGAUGGUAUCGCUGCUCGAGCCGUUGAGCAGUCCAUCACCUCCAACCUCCGAGAGCAGCCUGAUGAACUCUUCAGUACCCAUCUCGAUGAACCCGAAUCCUAUGUCGACGUCGGAGACGCCGCCGAGCGGUUCUUCGCGUACCACCCCUGGCAAGUCGCCGUCCCCGCCGUUCGCGCAACCCCCGGCCUUCUUAACCGGCACCACGAUCGGCGUCUGCCCCGAACAUCUGCAGGGUCGACCCUCUGGCGCAGAGUGCGCCCGCUGCGAGAUGAUCCUGGCGUCCGGACGUCUCGGUCCUGCAGGACUCGGCAACGUCCACAGCCGCAACUCGUGCAAGACUCUGAAGUGUCCCAAGUGCAAUUGGCACUACAAGUACCAGGAGACCCUCGAGAUCCACAUGAAAGAGAAACACCCGGAGGCGGAGACGAGCUGCAUCUACUGCAUAGCAGGACAGCCCCAUCCGCGUCUGGCGCGUGGCGAAACCUACACGUGCGGCUACAAACCGUACCGCUGCGAGGUGUGCAACUACUCGACCACAACCAAAGGAAACCUCAGUAUACAUAUGCAAUCAGACAAGCACUUGAACAACAUGCAAGAGCUGCAGAACGGCGGAGCCCCGACCAGCGAGUCGCGGCAAGCGUCGCCGAAAGCACCACCGGUUCACCAUUCGCCGGUGACGAGCGGCGGCCACAAACCCAAACCCACCUUCAGAUGUGACGUCUGCAAUUACGAGGCGAACGUCGCUCGCAAUCUCAGAAUACACAUGACCUCCGACAAACAUACGCACAACAUGCUGGUGCUCCAGCAGAACGUGAAACACAUGCAGACGCUAUCCGCCCUGCACCACCAACAACAUCCGCAGCAGCACAUGGAAAGUCUGUACGGAAUGUAUCCAGGACUAGGCGAUAAGCCUGAAGCGGCUCUAGCUGAUAUGGCUUACAACCAAGCCCUGCUCAUCCAGAUGAUGACCGGCGGACAGUUACCAGGACAUGGAGCGCCCGCAGAAAUGGCUUCACACACUGACAUGGGACUCAAUCCCGAGACGAUGGAACCACCACCGGAACCUGCGGAUCCUGAUCCAGAGAGAACCUACCACUGUUGCGUUUGCAACGUCUUCUCCACCGACAACCUGGAAGAUCUCGGCAGACAUCUGGCGCAGGACCGAACCCGACUGAGAGAGCAGGAAAUUCUGGCGGUGGUCGCCGGCCACUAUGUCUGUAAAUUGUGCACCUACAAGACGAACCUGAAAGCCAACUUCCAAUUGCACUGUAAGACUGACAAGCAUCUCCAGAGACUGCAGCACGUGAACCACGUGAAGGAGGGUGGUCCGCGCAACGAAUGGAAACUCAAGUACGCUUCCGCGCCCGGAGGCGUUCAGAUCAGAUGCAACGCCUGCGAUUACUACACGAAUUCUGCCCAUAAACUUCAACUGCACGCAGCUGGAGGCCGUCAUGAGGCCGGCGUUGCGCUAUUAAAGCACCUCGUCGAUAGAUGCUCAUCUCUGCGACAGGAACAACCCAGGGUAUUCCACUGCUCUCUGUGCAGCUUCUCCGCCACCAACCGACUACCUCUCCUGCAACACGUUAGAUCUCUGAAACAUCUUCACCUAGAGCAACUCCAUCAGCUCCAGAGGCGCGCCGAAGGCAAAGAAACAGCGCCCGAAAUCGGUGAAGUCUUUCACGUUGUACCCGGACCCAUCGAUCAGCAGACGCCUGAGCGAAGAGACAGCGCGAACUCUGAAAUUCAAAGCCACUCGGAGUCGCAAAAAGAGUUCAAAUCCGAGCCCGCAGAAGAUACCGAAGAGGCGAACCGCGACGCCGGAUCUCAGCAUGUGUGUCCAUAUUGCGAGUACACAAGCGAUUCAGAAAUGCGAAUACAGGCUCAUGUCUUGGCCCAGCACGGUACGAACAGUUCCUCGGCGGAAACGAGCUUUCAAUGUCCUUUAUGUCAGGAUGCGUUCAAAGACAGGACUAAUCUGGAGCGGCAUGUCAUGCAAAUACACUCGGUGAACAGUGAGGGCCUUCAACGGCUCCUCAUGCUCGUCGACCAAAGCCACUGGCUUAACCAAUCCUCUAGAACGCCGACGCCGAACAACCCGAACAACAGUCAGCAGAUGCAAACGCCACCUAAUCAGCUGGUAUCGCCUAAUUCCGUGUCCUCAAAGGACUCGACGAAACUGGACAAGAGCGACUCCACCAAUAACAUGGAAAUCGAUCAAGACAAUCUGAUGUCACCGCACAGCGACGACACCGUCGACUUCGAAUUCGAACGUUGCAGCACGUGUCUGAAGAAUUUCAAGAACAUCGACGAACUCUGCAUUCACCAAAACGAGACCGGUCACCUGGAGAUCAAGCAGACGCCGAGCGGUCCGGGUUACGUGUGCUGGAAGAAAGGAUGCAAUCAGUUUUUUCCUACCGCGCAUACGCUUCAGAUGCAUUUCAAAGAGGUUCAUGCUAAGAACUCGAUCUCGCAGAUGUCCGUAUCGGAGAAGCACGUGUACAAAUACAGAUGCAAUCAAUGCUCGUUAGCUUUCAAGACGCUGGAGAAGCUGCAGCUUCACUCUCAAUACCAUUUGAUCAGGGAUGCAACGAAAUGCGUACUCUGCGGUCGCAGCUUCCGUUCCCUUGUAGCGUUGCACAAACACGUCGAGAGUGUCCACUCCGAAUUAACCGAUGAUGAACUGAAUGCUUAUAAGCAUAGUCUGAUGAAUAAUCCACUGCUGCUUGCAGGUCUUCAAGGCCAGGUUCUGGAUAGUUCGACGAACGAUAUCCUGAAGAAAGAGUCGCUCCGCAACGAUGAUAUCGAGUCUAUGGAUUGCGAGGAGAGCAAAGAGAUGAACGCCAGUCACGACGAUAGCAACGCCAAUGACGGCGAGAAUUCAGAUGACAGCAUAAUGUACAAAGAUCAGCAGUUCCUGGAAGACUACCUGAACAGCCAGGCAAUAGCGGAAGACAGUUACAAUGAUCCAAACAGAAAGUACAAAUGCCACCGGUGCAAAGUAGCAUUUACCAGGCAAAGCUAUUUAACUGCCCACAACAAAACCCUUUUGCAUAGGAAAGGUGAGAAACUGAGCUACCCCAUGGAGAAAUACCUAGACCCGAAUCGACCGUAUAAGUGCGAUGUGUGCAAAGAGAGUUUUACGCAAAAGAACAUACUGCUCGUGCACUACAAUUCCGUGAGCCAUCUGCAUAAGCUGAAGAGAGCGAUGCAAGAGCAGCAGCAGAACAACAACAACAAUCCGCCUGUAUCGCCGACGGUGAUGGGAGGUGGACAGCAGCAGCAGCAGCAACAACAGCAGCAACACAAUAUGUCGUUGACGCCGAAAAGUACUUCUUCGGAAGAGGAUGACAAGAAACGGUACAGAUGUAAUAUUUGCAAGGUUGCGUACACUCAGGGCAGCACAUUGGAUAUCCAUAUGAGGAGCGUGCUGCAUCAGACGAGGGCCAGUAAACUGCAAGAUUUGGCGAUGGCCGGUCAGAUAGAUCUUUCGAAACCGCUAAUCGAGCAACCGGAGGCAGCAGCCAUGCAGUCUCCGAAGCAGUCGAGUCCGACGCCCGGCAGCGGCAGUGGGGAUAAGACGUCCCCCACCCCGCGGUCACCCAACCCUACAGGUAGUACAGGUAGUCAAGGGAUGAUUAGUUGCCCAAAGUGCGGCGCAUUAUUUAGUUCACAAGAUCAGUUGAGUGCACAUCAACAGUUGUAUUGCAUGUUUGCCGCUCCGAUGGCCAUAUACCAGGCACAAGAGCCGGGCCAGGCGAAGAGUCCGCCGCCCGGUGAACAAGACAUAAUAAGCAGAUUGAAUUUACCAAAGAAAACAAGUUCGCAUAUGUACAAACACUUGCUCGAGAGUUUCGGUUUCGACUUGGUGAUGCAAUAUAAUGAGAGUCACCAGCGAAGACAACGGCAACGCGAACGAGAGGCCGAAGAGAAGCAGAGGACGACCCCACCAGCAACUGCGACCGAGGAGUCCGAAGCUUCCAGGGCCGAGGAGGAUAUUGAAAACAACUUACCUGAAGUAAGUAGAUCCACGUGCCAACAUUGCAGUAAAGAGUUCUCUAGUGUGUGGGUGUUAAAGUCUCACUGUGAAGAAGUCCAUAAAGAUUUAGUGCCGCUAGAAUUCUUAGAAAAAUAUGCUCAACAGUUCAAGAAUGAAUACGAAAAGAAAUCGGUGGUGGUGACUGCGGCGACAUCCUCGUCAACAUUAAACAGCAAUCCCAGAGUGACGACACCGGGAGCUACCACAACCACCACGAUGAUCAACGACUCGACGCCGGAAAAAGAAGACGAGUCCAAAGAGUCUCUACAUGUAAAACUGAAUUUGCAAACGCCACCAGAGGCGACCUCCACGGCGCCAUCGACACCGACGUCGUCUUCGACGCCUGCCUCCAGCACAGACUCGCUGCCGGCCAAUAUACAAGCGAUGAUUGCACAGACAAUGGCACAGAACCCCAUGGCUCUCGCACAGCAAAUGUCCGAGAUGCAAGCCGCCCUCAACGUUAUGCAAUUGCAACAGAUGAACUUUAAUCCUAUGAUGCAAAUGAUGGGCAUGGGUCUGCCGCUGGGACUGAACGCCCUUGCCGCGAUGAAUCUUCAACCUCCGCUCGUGCCGAUGAUGAUGCCGCCUCCACCGUACGAUCCAAUGCAACAGUUCGCGCCCCAGGACCAGCAGUCCAUGAUGGCGAAACAGCAGGCGAUGAUGCAGCAGCAACAAGCGGCCGUAAAUGCAGCAGCCAAUCAGAAACGUGCCCGAACUCGGAUCACCGACGACCAGUUGAAAAUCCUACGCGCGCACUUCGACAUCAAUAAUUCACCAUCCGAAGAACAAAUCCACGACAUGGCUGCCCAGAGCGGUCUGCCGCCCAAAGUCAUAAAGCACUGGUUCAGGAAUACGCUUUUCAAGGAGAGGCAGAGGAACAAGGACAGUCCUUACAAUUUCAAUAAUCCACCAUCGACGACUCUCAACCUGGAGGAGUACGAGAAGACCGGCGAGGCGAAGGUGAUGCCUCUGAACAACUCGGGCAGCAGCACCGAAGAGAACAAAGCGAAAGAGACGACGCCGCCGCCUCCGGCGUUUCAAAGCUCCGAAAUUAAAACCGAGAUGAAGGAGGAACCAGUCGAUGAGACGGUCAGCAAGUACCAUCACGUUGAUGAAAAAAUGCACCAGGAUCCGACGGACGAGAAACCAAACAUAUUCAAUCUUGCUCCACAUCUGCAGCCGCCCCAGAGUCCGGCGUCUUCGAUGAGCAGCACCGACAAUCAGCAGGUCAACAAUAUGCCAUCAACAUCGAACAACCUGACCCUGACAUCGAUCAUCGCCUCUCAGCUGGGCGACAGCAUAAUAACCACCAACAGUCCUACAUCGAUCAGUAUGACUCCUACAUCAAACCAUCCUCUGAGUAGUCCGAUGCUGCCGCCACCGAAAUUGAACCAACAAUCCUUCCCGACACCGAACAGCCUGCAAAAUAUGCUUCCAUUAACACCAAACCGAUGUCUCAGUCCGAAUCGCGAUUUCGGAAUGAAUUCAAACAGCAACAGUUCGACCGGAAGUACAGGAAAACGCGCGAAUCGUACGCGCUUCACCGACUACCAAAUCAAAGUCUUGCAAGAAUUUUUCGAAAACAAUGCUUACCCAAAAGACGACGAUCUCGAAUACCUUUCGAAGUUGUUGAGUCUCAGUCCGAGAGUGAUCGUGGUGUGGUUCCAAAAUGCCAGGCAAAAGGCGAGAAAAGUAUAUGAGAACCAACCGGCCGCGGAGCCAUCCCCUGGGAUACCGGAAGAAGGUGGUGCAAACCGUUUUCAAAGAACGCCAGGGCUAAAUUAUCAAUGCAAGAAAUGUCUAUUAGUUUUCCAGAGAUACUACGAGCUGAUCCGCCACCAGAAGACACACUGUUUCAAAGAGGAGGAUGCUAAGAGGUCUGCCCAAGCGCAAGCAGCAGCAGCUCAAAUAGCGGCGGUUCUCAGCUCCGAGGAUUCGAACUCGAGCACGACGAUUGAACAAAACGUGCAGCAACCGCCGGUACCGCAAAGCCCGCAAUUGCAGACCACUUCUCCGAGCCCGAACCACCACCAACAACAACAACAACCACCGCAACAGCAACAACAGCAGCAGCAGCAGCAGCAACAACAAGUACAACAUCAUUUGCAACAACCAAAUUUAUCUACAACGCCGACGCCGACCAACCAAAGCUAUCAACCGUCUUCGCCGCCGAACAACGCGCAGCCUGAAUCCAAAGACGGAACUUUCCAGUGCGACAAAUGCAAUUCCAUCUUUCCGCGUUUCGAUUUAUGGCGCGAACAUCAAUUGGUCCACAUCAUGAACCCGAAUCUGUUCCCCACAUAUCCUCCAGACUCUCCAUUUGGAAUACUACAGCAGCACGCUCAGCUGCAGCAAUUGAACGCGAACUUGGGUGUACCGGACAUGGUAAACAAUAAGUCGUCAUCGCCCAUCCAACACCCUCUGAUGAAUAUGUUGAACAACGUAACUGUGAAGAGGAAACUGGAAGAAUACGACGGCGAAAGCGACGUUUCCGAUCAACCCAAGGAUAAGAGAUUGAGGACGACAAUACUGCCAGAGCAAUUGGAUUACUUGUACCAGAAGUACCAAAUCGAGAGCAAUCCGUCGCGGAAGAUGCUCGAGAACAUCGCGAGAGAAGUGGGAUUAAAGAAGAGAGUAGUGCAAGUGUGGUUCCAGAAUACGCGUGCCCGUGAACGCAAAGGACAGUUUAGAGCUCAUGCACAGGUCAUCAAUAAACGGUGUCCCUUCUGUCCGGCAUUGUUCAAAGUAAAAUCGGCGUUGGAAUCGCAUUUAACAACGAAGCAUGCAGAUCAGUGCGCCCGCGGUGAAAUCAAUAUCGACGCUCUGCCAGAUGAAGAAGUGAGCCUGGAGUCAUCGCCGAGCCUCAGUUCGGGCGGCGACAACAAAUUCAAUCCAGGUCAAAACAUGAUGCCACCACUAUUUCCAAGCCUCCAUCCAGAUAUGGAGAACUCCAUAAAAAAAUAUUACGAGGAGAGCAUGAAGAGGUACAUCAGCGAGCUGCAAGCGCAUGCCUCGAACGGAGACAAAAGUGAAAUCAAAGGUAAAGACGAAGAAGGUAUCCCUUUAGACUUGUCUAAACCGGUGGACUUAUCGAGACCGAUGAAAGUGAAUAUGGAUCAUGAGAGGAACCUGUGUGAUCCAGGUCCGUUGACGGACCUCAGCGAAAGGUCAUUGUGCGACGAAAGAAGCGACUCGAUGUCAGAAACUGCUGACUACCUGGACGACGAAAGCAAUCCGACGUCUCCGGCGAGCAGCACGCAGAGCAACAAUCCUCAAAGACUUUCGUUAACUCCAAACUCGUCCUCCAAUAAGCGAUUUCGGACGCAGAUGUCCGCCGUUCAAGUGAAAAUCAUGAAGUCGCUAUUCAACGAUUAUAAGACGCCUACGAUGGCUGAAUGUGAGAUGCUCGGCAGGGAAAUCGGCCUUCCAAAGAGGGUGGUGCAAGUGUGGUUUCAGAACGCGCGAGCAAAGGAAAAGAAGGGUAAAAUAGCUCUUCAAAAGGUGCUCGGUGGACCAGAAACUGAAACUUCGCCACCUCUUCCGGACGACUGUAAAUACUGUGGCUUCAAGUACUCUCACAAGUACUCGAUUCAGGAUCACAUUUUCACGAAGGGCCAUAUCACGAACGUGCGAACGCAUUUGGAGAACAUGAGCAAAGACGGCGUCAACGAUGGAGAAUUCACGGUGCCUCCUAUUCCUGGCGCUUCUGGGACCGUUUCCGCGGAUUCUACGACAAAUCCUCAACAACAACAACAACAGCAGCAGCAUCAGCAACAGCAGCAGCUUCAACAGCAGAGCAUGAACAACAACACGCAUCUGCAGCUACUUCAGAUGGCCGGUAUGCAGAUGGCUGCGGCGGUCAAGAGCGAACCGGACGAGAACCAGGAGGCCCUCUUUCAGCAGCUCUACGCCCUCGGAAACACGGGAUCGUACGGCGGCUCCCAGAACCAGUUCAUCCACCAUCCAAUGUUCGGUGCCAACGGGGGAGCCGGAGGAUUGUUUCUAGACACAGGAGCCGGACCGAGCUUCCUGCCGCUGCCCGCCUCCGUGCUGGAGAAGGUGGCGGAAGGAAACUUGGACUCUGGCGUGACCACCAUCCGCAUGCCAGAACAACAACAACAGCAGCAGCAGCAGAGAUGUUCUUCGGAGUUGCAGGCUCGUGAUGUUGACGUUGAAGUGUGCUUCGUGUGCAAGAAGUGUCGCGUCGGGUUCGUGGGGGAUUCGGCUUUGCUGACCCAUCAGAGGCAUUGUUACGGCGGCAACCUGGAGGCCCGCGGUGCCUUCAGGAUCGUCCAGACCGGGUACGAGUGCAAGUUGUGUAACGCGGAACGCUUUAAGUCGCUGCAAGAGUUCAGGAAACACUGUGAGAGUGAUUCGCAUAUGAAGGUCCUGAAGCUGGCCGCCUCCAAGUCGCUGCCGCCACCCUCAGAGUCGCCGUUAAGUCACGAGAUGGAGGACGUCGUUAAUCAGAUCGCGCUGCUGGCGGCCCGUGCCGCCCAAGAGUCCGGGCCAGAGGUGGCCCGCGACUCCAACUCGAACAACACCUUCUGCCAGCCGUCCGACCCGAAGAGGCGCUUCCUCUCACCUCAAGGAGACGUACCCCAGCAACCCUUAACCAGCGCCGGACAUUGAGAACAACAGUCACCGGAGAAACGUAAUCUACUCGAUAAGAAAAGAAAACCCACCGAUCUAAGACAAUAUGCGAUCGGACCCGAACGGCCGCGCGCGACAUCUUCGCAGAUUGUUGCUGGCCGAAUUGACCAACGUCAAAGACGGCCAAGUUCCUACACCGUCGCCGGUCGGGUCCGAAGCAUGCGAAAGGAACUCGAACCCAUUUAUAAAUAGCUUUUGUUUUUGUUUUGAUUUUGGAUCUUUCUUGUAAGAAAAUUGAUUAGAUAGUUUUACAAAACUACUACUGCAACUGCAAAGAAAAGGUUUUCAAUUUUAAUUUGCCCCAGCAUGCGUACAUCAAUACGUCCGAAUAGUUCGCCAGUUCGAACAGCCGCAUCACUGGUAUUCUCGUAUGCAUGUACGCACGCUACGUGACACUGAUAAAUUUAUUAUUACUAUAUACUAAAUUAAUAAGCAAUGAAUAGUGAAUUAUAUUUACAGCUGAUCUAUUUUUAAACGUUAUUAUAUAUUAUAAUAUUAUAUCGUAGUUGUGUGUCAGUGUAGUUAUUGUGUAUAGUCGAGUAGGUCCGAUGAUUCCUAUCGCAACGUAUAGUUACUAUGACACAUAGAUAAGAUAAGAGAGAGAGAAAG